AUGCCGCUCAUUGUUCCGCCAGAAAGACCCUCUCAAAUCGACCGUGACUCUGCGCGUUUUCCAUCAAUCAUCAUGGUUACUACUGUACUCCCGAUUGACGAGACUCUGGACAGCCUGGAAAGAUGCCUGAGCCUUGCAAUCCAACUAUCGUGCGAUCUCGAGCGACCUAACAAUGCUCCGACCAACAAUGAUGUUCCUUCAAACGAGUUUUCUCUCGAACCCGAUUGCUACGUCGAAUUGAUCCGACGCCUCGAGAGCGACCACCGAGUCUCCCUCGACAAGCUUCAUCUCGAGUACGAACCCGAUGCCCGUCUUUUGCGAUUCAAGAUGACCCAGGGCCGACUCCAUUCGGCCAUGGCCAGUCAAUUGGGCGACCUGCUAAGAGACAUCGCCAGAAACGUCUUACCCGACAUUCAAGCCAUACGCGAGACACCCAGAGUCAACAUGGAGGAUCACACCCCGCGUGUCGUCGCUGAAGUCGCCCACUCCCACCCUACAACCUUGGACGCCUUGGAGGAGAGGUGCACUGAGUUUCUCUCCUGUUCCGCGGGAUAUGUUCGUGCCGUCAUCGCCAUCAAGAUUCCCUACUCACCCGGGAAGCCCAUUGAGACUCUUCUUGACGAACUUGACCGCUGCUUCGUCGCGCUCUGGGUCUGGCAGGACGGUGCGGUAAAGCGCGAGUUGCCCUGGACCAAAAUCACCGCGCAAGAUGCUGUCCUGAGUCUACGCAUCUCGCAUCUGAGGGGCUUAGCAACUCGGGCAAGUACGCACCGCAAGACACGUCGCAGAGGUCCCAAGGGUCGUCGCACUCGCCGUCCUAACUCCUCCAACGACUUCAUCCGCAUUCCCUUCGCCACCCUCGAGGCCGAGCUCCGUAAAGCCGUCCACUGGGCUAGCCUCGAUCCCACCACCCGCUGA